AUGGGAAAUAUGCCUCAUGUUACAUUGAAUAACUUAGCCAAAGUGCACGGUCCACUCAUGUCAUUGCGCCUUGGCGGCCAACUCCUCAUUGUUGGAUCAUCUCCAACUGCUGCAAUGGAAAUUUUGAAGACCCAUGAUCGUGUAUUAUCAGGUCGAUACAUUGCGCAUGUAGUUCCAGUUAAAAGCCCAGAACUCAAUCACUUAUCACUUGUAUUUGCAAGUGAAUGCACUAAACCAUGGAAGUUCUUAAGGACAAUUUGUCGCACCGAGUUGUUCUCUCCUAAAGCAUUAGAUUCUCAAAUCAAGUUGAGGGAGAAGAAGGUGAUGGAGAUGGUGGAAUUUUUGGGUAAAAACGGAGGGAAAGUAGUGAAUAUUGGGGAAACUGUGUUUGCAACUGCUAUCAAUAUUUUAGGCAAUGUUAUGUUCUCGUGGGAUUUGGUAGAUUUACAGGGGAGGGGCAUGGGUGGGGAGAUGAAAGAACUCAUAACAAGAAUUCUAUACUUGCUUUCUUUGGCUAAUGUAUCAGAUUUUUAUCCCAUCGUAGGUCGAUGGGAUAUUCAAGGCAUACGAAAGAAGACCCAUGAGGCCUUUAGGAGAGUGUUUACAAUUUGGGAUGACAUUAUUACAGAUAGAAGAGAACAGACUAAAGAUUCAAGACCAAGAGAUUUUUUGGACUACUUGCUUCAUAUCGGAUUCAACAAUGAUCAGAUCAAUCAAUUUUUCAUAGAAUUGUUUAUUGGUGGAAGUGAAACUACUACUGAGACAACAACAUGGGCAAUGGCAGAGCUAAUAAAAAAUCAAGAAUCCAUGCAAAAGCUUCGCAAAGAGCUCGCAAAUGAGAUUGGUGGGAACAUUGUGAGGGAUUCUCAUUUACCCAACCUGCCCUAUCUACAAGCCUGUAUCAAAGAGACAUUGAGAUUGCACCCCGUUGUGCCCUUAGUCGUUCCUCACCAAGCCUUGGAAACCUGCGAGGUCAUGGGUUAUAAUGUUCCCAAGGACUCUCAGGUGCUUGUGAAUGUGUGGGCGAUAGGUCGAGAUGCCAAGCAUUGGAAGGAUCCCUUAAGCUUCAAGCCAGAGAGAUUUUUAAAUUCAAGUUUGGAUUACAAAGGAAAUGAUUUUGAAUUCUUACCUUUUAGUGCAGGAAGGAGAAUCUGCCCAGGCCUGCCCCUAGCUGCAAGAAAAAUUCCUUUAUUUGUUGCGACGUUGGUGCACUCAUUCGAUUGGCAUCUCCCUGGAAACAUGGAUGCAACCAAACUUGACAUGAGUGAGAAGUUCUCUACAACAUUGCGGAGGGAACAACCUUUACAUCUUAUUCCUAGUGUAAGGAAAUAG